AUAAGUAUUACUUACUUCAACAUAUGAUGUUGAUUUAAACAUCUAAGAAAGAUGAUAUUCUCAGAGAAGCCCAACUCUGACUUCCUCUCGUCUGUGUGGUCGAGGUUUGUGUUUCCGCACACAGUACGAGAUGUGUGGAUGAUCACUAUAGCAGAUAUUAUUCAUCUGGAUCAGAUCAUGAAGAUCAUACAGCUGCAGAUCUAUCUGUUCAUGUUGUAUCAAGCCUCAGAGAGUCUAACAAACAUACCAGUAACUUUAGGAUCUGAUGUGAUUAUAACCUGUGAUAUUGAUAUAAAGAAGAUUUCUUGGUACAAACUGAAAUUACCGGAUCCUCUAGUGUUGAUCUUACACACUUCCAGCAGCACAUAUGAAGGAGAAGGUGAAUAUGAAAACAUCACCUAUAAACACAAAUACUCAGUGAAAACUAAAAGUCGUCUGUUCAUCAAGAAUAUCACCAUUGAUGAAUUAGGAGUUUAUUAUUGUGUGAAAAGUAGUCAUCCACUAAAAAUCAGCAACGGCACCAAAAUCUACAUCAGCGACUCGGUCCACAGGAAUCAGACAGAAGACGCUCCACAACAGCAGAUACCAUGGAGAAAUAUGACCAUCAUAUCUGUCCUGCUGAAUGUGCUUCUGAUCAUUGCAGUGAUAGGUUUGCUGAAGAGCUGCAUUGACGCAACUAGAAGAUCUAAAAAUACUUCAGAGAAACCUCAAAAUACCACCAAAGCUCAAAACACAAAUGAUCCACAGUAUGCUGAAAUUUAUUUCACCAAGCGCUCCAGACGAAACCGGCCUUCCCAGGAUCAGACCACCUCUUUUGUUAAGCCUGUAAACUCUGUAUGAAGUAUUAACCAUUAUAAAUCUAAAUUGCAUAUUAAUUACUUUACAUAACUAAAAGAUAUUGCAUUUGUAAUACUUGUAAUGCUUCAAUCAAUGCCAAUGAAAAGCAAGAUCACAUUAAUUAACAACAUUAGUGUUUUCUGGCUUUUAAUCUAUAUUAUCACAUAGCCUACUUUUAUAUUUUAUAUUAUUGAUCAAUAUGUGAAUCUGUUGACCACAUGACAUGAGUUGAGAUCUCAUUGGCACAAAUUAAUUUAGAUGAGAAGAUAGAACUGUUUUUUUAUUGUUUGGUCACAUGGUUCUGCUCUGCAUAUGAUGUUAAAACACGUCUGACCACCAGAUGUCACUAAUGUGCACUGUGUUAAAAGCUUCAGUUAAAAGUAAUAAACUGUUUUUUUUUUUU